AAAUAAAAAAAAAUAAAAUAAAAACAAAAAACAUAUUUAUAUAUUUGGAUCAAAAAAUUGUCUAUUAAAACAACGGCCAAGUUUUCAAAACAAUUGUCAUUUGACAAGAUGUGGUCGUCGGGUUUAAGACAAAUGCGGUCGUCAUUAAAUGUUUUCUUCCUCUUGACCAACGUGUUCUGCCUGCUCUUUGGCUCUGCUUCGGCUUUGUUUGAGGGCUGUGAUCAUACAUUUCAAAUAAAUCCCGGUACUACCUAUUUGGAAUCGCCAUAUUAUCCAAGUCACUAUCCAGCAGGGACAUCAUGCCGUUAUAAAUUUGUGGCACCAUUGGAUUAUGACAUAACUGUUAACUGUUCCAUUAAUUUGAAUAUGGGCAGCAAUGCCUGCAGCACAGAGUAUUUCUAUGUGGCCGUGGAUGGUGACGAAUAUCUACGUGGCUCAGAACAAUUUUGUGGUAAAGGUGUAAUCCAGCGUAAAUCUCUCUUCCGUUCGGUGGUAUUUGCCUAUACCUCAGGUGGUUCAUGGGGUAGUUUCCGUUGUCAGCUGCAUGCGGCACCCCAACCAUGCGAUUGUGGCUGGUCGGUAAAUACGAAAAUUGUCAAUGGCCAGGAGACGGGUAUCAAUGAGUAUCCCGGUGUUGUGGCCCUUAAGACCAGCGAAGCAGCUCCACCUUUCUGUUCGGCAACCAUAAUUUCCCAUUAUUAUCUGCUGACGGCGGCCCAUUGUACAGAAUUGGUGCCCAAUCCCGCAAGUUAUAUUAUUAAGGCUGGCGAUCACAAUUUGGCAAUUUCCACGGAAACCAAGUAUGCCGUGAACUACUAUGUGGCCCAAAUCAUUCAACAUCCUGGCUAUACCAGUAGACCCACCAUGAUUAAUGAUAUUUCUUUGCUGAGAACAACCACAGCCAUAGAGUGGUCGAGGGGAGUGGGACCCAUGUGCCUGCCACCGCCAAUGGAAAACGAUUUCACCUACACCUAUGUGGAUUUGGUUGGCUGGGGUACCACCUCGUUUGCCGGUGCCUAUUCGGAUACCUUGCAAAAGACCACGGUCAUCAUAACCGAUAACGAGUCGUGUGCCAAGACAUAUAACGAUACCACCAUCUAUCCAUCGCAAAUUUGUACCUAUGAUUAUACCGGCACUAGUCGUGAUUCGUGCCAAUAUGAUUCCGGUGGACCGGUCAUAAGACGCACUUUAAGACAAUAUAUUUUGGGUUGCAUUAGUUUUGGUAAAUUCUGUGGCCAAGGAGGCUAUGCAACGGGUGUUAAUACACGUAUCUCAUCGUAUUUGACAUGGAUAUAUCAAAGUACUGGAUAUUCGUCAUGUGUUGUGAGUUAUGAUGUCAGUUUUGCCAAUUAUUCGACAACAACGAGUAGUAUGUCGGUUACAUUUUUUAUCCAGCUAGGUGUGGUGAUUUUAUUCUACUGCCAGAUUUCCUUGGCCCAACAGCAGUGUUCAAUUGAAUAUCGUUUGCAAAAUGAUCGCCAAGUUUUGAAUAUAACUUCCAGGAACUAUCCCUAUCCAUUGGGCAGCAAUUGUCGUUAUCGCAUUACGGCACCCAUGGAUCAUGUGGUGGUGGUGAAUUGCGGUUUUGAAGUGACCCCCAAUAGGUGUGACAAUGAUUAUUUCAUAAUAUCCCUGGAUGGCGAUUUCCAGCUGGGUGAUGGAGAGCGCUUCUGCCUGACAAAUCGCCUGAGUCGCAUUUCCGACUUUCGUUCGAUGGUUUUGGCCUAUGCUUCGGUGAGACCCAAUUCUAUGCAACGGGGACGCUUUGCGUGCCAAGCUUUUGCCCGACGUCAAGCCUGCUCCUGUGGCUGGACUGCCAGUACUAGAAUAACAAAUGGCGUUGAAACGAUGAAACAUGAAUUCCCCUCUAUGGUGGCGUUGAGAGACAUCUCCUCACCACAGCCGAUAUUUUGUGGGGGUAGCAUAGUAAGUCAUCGCCACAUCUUGACGGCGGCCCAUUGUAUGCGCAUGCAUCCGGAUGCCAGCAGGAUAAUGGCCUAUGUGGGAGAUCACAAUUUGGUGGUGGCCGGUGAAACCCGCUUUGAGGCCCAGUAUCGCAUUCAACGCAUUAUCAAUCAUCCCAACUAUGCUGCCACGCCCAGUUCCACACAAAAUGAUAUUUCAAUUCUCAUUACAGUGGUGCCCAUAGAAUGGUCCCGCGGUGUGGGUCCCAUAUGUCUACCAUGGCGUCAACUACAAGACCCCUUCGCCUACAUCCAGGUUGAUGUGGCCGGUUGGGGCACACUCUCCUUUGCCGGCAUGAAAUCGAAUACUCUGCAAAAGGCCCAACUGGUGACGGUGGAAAAUUCGGUGUGCCAGCAGCGUUACAAUACCACGACCAUACAGGGCUCCCAUAUUUGUACUUACGAUUUUAUGGGAAGGGGUCAGGAUACCUGUCAAUAUGACUCAGGUGGUCCAGUGGUAAUGCGUUCACAACGUUUCCAGCUACUUGGUCUCAUCAGUUUCGGACAAAGCUGUGGCCAACGUUUUGGUAUGGGGGUGAAUACACGCAUAACCUCACAUCUGCCAUGGCUCUGGACAUAUCUGCAGAACGAUGUGUGUGUCGUGUAAUUAAGGCCAUUAUUA